AUGGCGGACCGGCGGCGAAGGAGGAGGCGCGUGUCCCAGGACAGCGAGGACGACGACGAGUCCGGUUCGGGCUCGGACAGCGGGAGGUCGGGUUCCCCGGCGACCAAGAACCGGGGGAGAGAACCGGCCCCAGUGGAGGCUGUAACGGGCCGCGUGGAGCCGAAGAAGGACGUGGAGUCCGAGUGUGAAAGUGAAGAUGGAGUCGGAGAAGCUGUCCUCUCAGACUACGACAGCGCAGAUCCAGAAGAAAACGGCUCCCACUCAGAGGGAGUGGAGGAGGAAGAGGAGGAGGCGGCGGCGGCGGUGGCGGUGGCGGUGCUAAGUGAGGAAGAAGCUCCAGCAGCAGCCAAAGAGCCUGUUCCCUCUGCUACCGAGGUCCAAACGCAGGGGGAGGAAGAGGAGCGGGAGGAGGAAGAAGAGGGGCGGGAGGAGGAGGAAGAGGAGGAGGAGGAUGCAGAUGCAGAGGAGAAGGAAGGAGGAGAAGGAGGAGGAGGAGUGAGUAAAGAGGAGAGCAAAGUGGAGGAGAAAGGAGACCUAGCUGGAGAGAGACAGAGCGGUGAUGGACAGGAGUCGACGGACGAUCCUGAGACGAAGGCGGGAGGAAAACCCGGCCAGAAGCUGGACGACGACGAGGACCGAAAGAACCCGGCUUACAUCCCCAGAAAGGGUUUGUUCUUCGAGCACGACGUCAGAGGACACGCUCAGGAGGAGGAGAGGCCUAAAGGCAGGAACAGGAAGCUGUGGAAGGACGAGGGUCGCUGGGAGCACGACAGGUUCAGGGAGGAGGAGCAGGCGCCGAAGAGCCGCGAGGAGCUCAUCGCCAUCUACGGUUACGACAUCCGCAACGGCGGCGGCAGCGGCUCCGGAGAUCGACCGUACAGACAGCGGCGGCCUCGACAGAGCCUGUCGCCCAGCAGAGACAAACGCUGGCGAGAGGGAGGAGGAGAGCGAGCGGUUCGUUCCUGGCAGAACAGCGGAGGUCCGAACCGAGGAGGAGCUCCACCUUCAUCCAUCCACCCUUCCUCCUCCUCCUCCCCCUCCUCUGUCCCUCUCUCCUCCGCUCAACGUAGCAGCAACUACUCCAGACCGCCUCCCUCCCGCAGCAGACCCAAUCAAACGCACCUCCCGCCUCAGCCCCAGUACAGGAAUAAUGAAUCAAACGCACCCCAGAUGCAUCAAAGAGACAGACAGGGCUCGAAAGCUCAGUCGGAAGCCUUUGGGAGACAGAGGAGUCAGCAGGGGGGGGCGAGGCAGACGGGGAGGGGAGGUUCCUCCGUGGUCAUCGAGGACAUUACAGUCAGUCAAGGCGGCGUCGGGGAAGAGGAGCGCGGCUUAACGGCCGGGACGCCAUCCUCAUCGUCGCAUUCGAGCGGUUAUCAGUCUGCGUUGCCGAGGCGACAGCAGCAGGAUCAACGAGGCAGCGCCGACAGAGCCGCCUCCACCUCUGACCCCGCCCUGCAGUCGUCAGCGGCCGCAACGACCAAUCGGGAAGUUUCUCCUCCCGCCGAGCGGCCGGUGGAGCGUAAAUCGUACUCGCUGGCUCGCAGGACUCGCUCUCGGCCCGCGGACCUGGGCAGCAAGCAGCCGUCCGUGGAGGAGUCUGCAGCCGGAGGGAACGCCGCCUCCUCCCCCGGCAGCACGGGGGGGGAAGAGCUGGUCGGGAGGAGGGCAACGGGCCGAGCCAGGCGGGAGGAGGUGGUGGUGGAGGAGGAGGUGGUGGAGGAGGUGGUGGUGGAGGAGGAGGGAGCGGGGGGGCUGGGCGGAGAUUCGACCAGGACGUUGCUCGGCUUCAGUCUGGCCGGGCAGAGCUGGAGUCAGAGUCCGACCUCGUACAUCCGCUCUGAGAUGAGAGGCCUCCCCAACCCCAUGCACAUCCCCGGCGGCCCGCCUCCGUUCUCCAGCAUGGAGGAGAUGGGCGUCGGAUCCAACCGGGCCAAACGCUACUCGUCCCAACGCCAGAGAGCCGUCCCUGAGCCGGCGCCGCCCAUGCACCUGGGAGUGAUGGAGGGACACUACUACGAGCCCAUGUCGUACCAGGGACCAAUCUACGGCCACGGGGACGGCCCCGCCCCCAUCCCGCCGCAGGGCAUGCUGGUCCAGCCAGAGAUGCACCUCCCGCAUCCCGGCCUCCAUCCCCACCAAUCAGGCGGCCCCAUCGCCAACCCCGCCAUCUAUGGAGGCCCGCCGGUGUCUCUGUCGCCAGGGCAACCACAGCAGCUGCUGCCUCCACCUUUCUACCCUCCGCCGGGCGUCAUGACGUUCCCUUACCCCACCAUGUACCCAACGCCUCAGGCUCAGGCCCAGGUGACGUACGGAGGUGUUACCUACUAUGACACCAUGCAGCAGCAGGCUCAGCCCAAACCAUCACCCCCCCGCCGCACAUCCCAGCCUGUCACCGUUAAGCCCCCCCCUCCGGAGGUUCCCUUCGCCUCAGAGUGACCCCCCCCCCCCUCUCUGCCACCCAGUCUCAGCCUCACUCUGAACCCAAAAUUACAGGAUCGGGGGUGGGAGGGUCGGUGAGGAGCUGCGGCCCCCCAACAGCCACGUUAAACGAGGGAGUAAAGGACGAGUGGACGGAGGGAAAGAUGGACAGAUUAGCGGCCUGGAGGAGGCAGGUCGGCCAUCGCUGCUGGAACCACUCUUCUUUUUCUUUUUUCUUUUCUCUCGACCCUGUAGCAGUUUUUUUGGAGCGUCAGCUGUUUCACACUGACCCUCCUCUUCCUCCUCCUCUUCCUCCUCCCUUCGCCUGCCUGCCUGCUCGGACUGACGAGUUCAAACCCUUUAGAGCCACUUUGAAGCAUUUAACGUCACGAGAGUCGGAUGUUUCCUACUGAGCUGAAAACAAAGUCUGAGUAAAGUUGUUUCUGUUUGUUUUUCAUGAAGUUUGACUCGUUUCAGUCAACAGAUUCUCUCUCUCUCUGUCUCUGUGUCUCUCUCUCUCUUUCUCUGUGUCUCUCUCUCUGUCUCUCUCUC